AAAGCCUGUGCGUCUCUGGGUUUAAAGGAUAACAUCUUCCAUUUCACAAGCGUAUUUUUUUCUCUUAAAGAUGUCAAGUGAAAUAAUCAUGAAUAAUGGGUACAACACUGAGGAAGAAGAAAUAAGGCUCAAUUUCAAUCAGCGGAAUAAGAAUCAAGAUGAACAGUACCUUGAAAAAGUGGCAGCAUCAGUGUCAGAAUUACAGGGUAAAAGAAUGAAUAUCAAAGUAAAGGAUAUGGGAGAUUUUAAAUUCACAAUUGGAGGCCUGGAUAACACCAGCUACAAAGGAGAUGAAGACCAGACAGAGGAUUGGGAAAAUGCAUUCCUGCCUAAUAGUGUAAAAAUGGAGGUACUGGGAGUUGUGAAGAACCUCGUCUUCCCAAAUGAGUGUGUCCAACUGGUCAUAAUGCUGUGUGAGGACCGCCAGGUGUAUGCUUACGAUGGAGAGGAGAUGCACCUGGUCGCUUUGAGAUUGGAGGAUCUCCUAGACUCUGGGCUUCAGUAUCCUGGCAUCCAAACGUUUAACUAUGGUCAACGAUUUGAAAACAUGACAACCAAGGAGUGGAAGAAACUGAAGCCAGAACAUAACACAGAAGAUGAAAAACAUCUCACUCUCAUCAAAUCAAUGGAGACAGAGUUUCUGGAAAGCAUGAGAAAGCUUAUGAUUGAUCAAGGACAGAACAAAUACCUAAAGAGGUCUUCUCCUGAUUAAAGCCAAAAAUAUGAAACAAGAGAUAGGAGCACGUAGGAGUCACAGGCUUCAAAUUGCCUAUUGAAGCAAUACAUUUGGCAAUUAUACCAACUUUAUUU